AUGGUUAAUUUCAACCCUUUCGAGCUUCCCGAAGAGCUCGUGGCUCAAGUCACCCACCAUCUCAGCGCGAACGAAUUGGCGUCUUUUGUCAGGACUUGCAAAACCUCUCACCGAAUCGGCUAUGACUCGCUUUAUUCGAUGACCAUUGCGGAGUUGCGAAGAGUGAUAGACUGGGCGAUGCUCAAGAACCAAGCACAGACGAUGAUCCAUCUAUUCCGAUACAACUGGCGUAUUGCUGCGAAGCACCCCAAUCUCGCACACGGCCCUCUGCAUUACGCCUGCAAAAAGGGCGAGGCCGCUCUCGUGCGCAUUUUACUCGACUCAGGGCUGCUGCCGAGCAUGUCAAACUCCAGACAGUCAUUUCCGCCCUUGGAGACUGCCGCCAUGUAUGGCCAUACUGAAGUUGUACGUAUUCUCGUUGAGGCGCGUGCCACAGCUGGGACACACAACUUCAGCGAAAAUUUCUCCAUCAUCUGUCGAGGUCAGCCGGAUCGCCUUGAGAUAGCGCGACUUCUCGUCUCCCAUGGAAUUAACGUCAACGAACUGGAUGAGGGCGGAAACAACUUUAUGCACCACGCUUGUAAGAGGACACCGAGCUCUGCUGGCACCACUUGCAACGUCAAACUACUUCUGGAUCUCGGGUUGGACAUUGAUGGUCUGAAUGGCAAUCGGGAGACGCCACUCGCUCUAGCGUCUCGGUGCAGGUCCUCGGAUGUUGUUCGGUUGUUAGUCACUCGUGGCGCUGAUGUGAACGCUGUUGGCCCAGAUGGGCAAUCACCGCUACAAGCGCUUUUAAGUGAAUCGGAAGAUCCGUACGAAAUUGCAAAGAUCAUUCUGAACGGUGGAGCCGUCAUCACUGUUGAUUCCGGUCUGCACUUGAUACGACAUGCUUUUCUCAACGAUUGGCCGCGCACUAUCGCUCACUUAGUUACUGCGUGGAGGGAUCAAGUGUCGGAUCUGCACUGUCCAGACCCAAAUCUCGUGUUCUGUGCAACUGCAGGCGCCGGAGACGUCGUAUUCCUGAUGCAGUUGUUAGAGCGUGGGGAUAUGGAUCCCAACUGCGAGGUUGAAGGGAAGACGGCUCUCGUUGCCGCUGCCGAAUCAGUGCCGAAUGGGGCUCUCUCAUUCCUCAUCCCACACGUGUCGAACUAUGAUAAAUGAAGCAAGAACGGUCGCACUGCGCUCCACAUUGCUAUCAUUCGCGGUGAAGAGCCUGCUGCUCGUCUGCUAUUGCAACAUACUAGAUUCCUCAGCAUUGCCGACGAUUUUGGGCGAACUCCGCUCCUGGAUGCCGUGGAACA